AGGAGCAUAAUGGUAAAGGAGUUGACUUAACAUACAAAGAGGUUUCGAAUUCACCAAUAAGUUAUUAUUCAGUAGUAAACAAUGAGAGAAACGUGAGUUCACUGAACUUAUUCCGUGUCGGAGCUAUUUACGGUGAGGAAGAAGAGCAAGAAAUUGACUUCUCAGUGGACUGGCCAAGAAGUCGAAGACUCACCAACUUACCAGAAGGGAUACUCGAUUUCUUCGACGGAUUGAAAUCAUUCGAGAAAUUUGUCGUUGAAUUCUUGGCUAAACGCGAAGGAAAUUCGGCUUCCUUUGCCGUUAUGAAGUUGCUUGAAAGUGAUAUAAGAGAACAGCAGCUUAGUAAGAGUGAAACACACGAGAGCAGCAGUUGA